AGUUACUGAACUGAUUUCGUCGAGAAAACAUAAAAAAAAAAUAUAUUUUUUGUUCCGAUUUAUUUGCAAUUGAUGUGUACGUCGGAUGGUUAUACGGUCAAGCAAAAAAAAAAGUUAACAAAAUUCGGAGUUUGCUUAUGGUUUUCAUUUUUUUUUAAAUUUGUAUUUCUGGAAACGUUUAACAAAUGUGACUAUGGAUAUGACGAAAAAUAUCUUCAAAACGUUUUCGUUUGUGGAAAAACUACGACUUUUGUUGCUGCAGUUAGACUUACCCGAAACAAGUGAUUUCGAUUUAAAUCCAAAAGUUGUUAAUUGUUACGCAUGAACACUAUGCACGAAGCUGAAUGAUUAUUUUAUAAACAAAACGUGAGAAAAGUUUAUCAUCGACAAAUUGUAUAACAAUUGUAAUAACGCGCCGCAGCCUGAUUAUGAUUUGCAACCACAAAAUGCAUUAAUUUUCUACAGGCCUAAUUUGCAGUAAAUCAGUGAAUUGUGAAACAGACAUGAUUCGAUGAUAAAAACUCUUUUACAAUUAACGUUUUUCGAUUGAACAUAAACGUGUCGUUGCUGCAAUUGUUUUAAAGUGAUCGUGAAGUGACACUAAAUUAUUUAACCUUUUCUCAAAUCGACAACCAAUUAAUUACUUUCGUUGCAAUUUCAUUUUGCAUUUUAUCAGUUAAAGGUUGAAAACAUUUUAAAAACCAAAUUUAUUGACAAAAAAUUUGGAUUUAAUUGCUAGUUUGAUAUCAAAUUAAAAACAAAAAUGUCACCGAAACAAUGGUUGGCAUUGUUGUGCUUUUAUGUGUCGUACUUGAUAUUCGGGGCCAGUAUAUUCUAUCACAUUGAGCAUGGUUUAGAAGCGGAGAGGCGAGCAUAUCAGCUUGACGAGCGAAUUGAAGUCAAUGAGCUACUGGUACGAUAUGUGUCUCCCGAUGACGAAGACAACCAAAACCAAGUGCUCGGUGUAGUAUCCGAUUAUUGCGGUCGGCCGGUGACCAAUUACACUCUGGACGAAUUUCCCGAUGAUUAUCAAUGGACAAUCUACCAUUCGUUUUGGUUUGCGUUGACACUGUGUUCAACCGUUGGCUAUGGAAACAUCUCGCCACACGAUUCACUCGGUCAGAUUAUUGUCAUAUUUUAUGCACUCGUUGGACUGCCGGUGAACGGUUUUCUUUUAGCUUAUUUGGGAGACCUGUUCGGCAAAACUUUUAUAGGAAUCUACAACCGAUACAAAGACUAUAAAUAUGCGACGACCAAAAACUAUGUGCCACGGCAAUUCGGCAUGAUCGGGAGAAUAAUGUUGUUCCUUGUUCCCGGCAUAGCAUUCUUUAUCUUCCUACCGGCUUGUCUGUUUACGUACUUUGAACAAUGGCCGUACAUCACAUCCGUUUAUUACUCAUUCGUGACACUCACAACGAUCGGAUUUGGUGAUUACGUUCCAACAUUCCAGAAUGGUCAGUCAAGGGAAUUUGGAGUCUACUUUGUGUUCUACCAGAUUUUCAUAAUUUUUUGGAAUCUCCUAGGACUCGGUUAUUUCAUUAUGAUCAUUGGUUUCAUUGCAAAAGGCUUGCAAAGUAAACGAAUAGCCCGAUUAGAGCACCAGUUAUCGGAGAAUUUAAAGGCAACACAAAGUCGAAUAUGGAGCGGAGUCACAAAGGAUGUGAGCUUUUUACGACGGAUUUUGAACGAAGUCAACCUAAUGAAAGUCAAGCCGGUCUAUACAGACUCAGCGGAAAGAGCUGCAUUCAAUUCGCUACAUCGAUCGUCAUCUUGUCCAGACUUGACCUUGUACCGUGAAGAUUCGCCACGAGUUUCACGAAAACGUGCCUAUUCCGAGAAUUAUGCUCAACCACUUGACUCAUCGACGAUCAGUUCACUUACACUAUGCCGUGUCCAAUCCGAAGGAGAUCUUAGUCGUAUCGAUAAAAAGAAAACUUUUGAAGGUGCAGACGCUACUCACAAGACUGGUGAUCUAUUGUCAAGAGUAGUGAAUGCAUUGGGAAGCAUCCGGCCAUCGGAUGAGGAUGGACAAAGUGUGUUGGAACUUGGUAUCGACGGAGGGAUGCAGGGAUUUACGGAUUCUCAAAUAUUGGCUAGUGAAAGGACAUGGUCGGGAUGGUCUCUGUCUCAGUCGGAUGGUAGUUACACUAAUCCACCGAUAAGGAAACGGGCUGCUUCAGAUUUCCGUGUGCCACAAAUCGAUAGUUUCAAUGAUUCUUACGAAUCGACAUGGAAUGGAAACAACGACCAGCAGAUGAAGGAGUACAUGAAACGCAGCAAAAAGAAAUUUUCGAUUCCGGAAAUAUUUACAACCAAAUCUGAUUCGAACAACCGUUCGGUUACCUUAAACAUUCCAGACACACUGCAGGUGCCGACUGAAGCUAGAAACAGAUCAUUUAUUAGCAAAAUAAAUCCAUUCAAAGCCAGAGUAAUGGGACAAAAUGGCAAACGACAUUCAGUCGCGGUGGGAGCUACUCAAGAUCCCAAUCCACAAAUCUAUUUGGAGAGAACAUCGCGAGGCAGAGAAUCUCGAAUCAGUUUGCCUCGACAAUAUUUAGCGGCAACUGCCAGAGGUCGCAACAGUGUCUUUUCGAUUUUGGAGCAACCACAAAAUGCUGACAAUUCAGAGUUGUUGGAGAAAACCACCAUUGCAGAUCUGAUUCGUGCCUUGGAAGUGAUUCAUACCAAGGCAAACAUUACAACCGAAAGUUCUUUGCUAGGAUACGGAGAGGUUCCUAAAAGAAAAGUCGGAACUGUCACACCUCCAUCACCUCCGAAUCUCUCUCAUUUGCAAGUACCGAACAAUAACCGUCGAGGUUCCCUUCGUCCUGUUCCCGGUUACACUACAGUUUUUGCAACUCAAAACACCUCGCGUAGAAAAUCAUUGUUCCUCAGUCCAGAGUCUGUUUCAACUGACAGAAGAUCAUCAAUGGCGUCUUUACGUCCAGUUAAUCCUCCACCAUAUUCAGCCACACCGAAACCAAUGACUAGACGGUUCAGUGUUCGCCCAACAAAUCUAUCAAUACCACCAGGUCAAGCACCAUCACCCACACCAUCAGUACAAGCAUCUUCCAUGCUUCAACGGAAACUUUCGUUGCGUCCUAGUCCAUUGGCUAGACAUACUCCAUCACAAGGUAGCGGUAGAUAUGCCAAACAGGGAGCACAGCAAACACAGCCACAGACUGUGACAACACCAUCCGCUAAUCGUCUUCAGUUGCCUGGCGCAGCGACUAGAAAUAUAAUGUGGCGUCCAGCUCAGUUACAUGCGUCCCGGGCGGAACACAGUAGUUUAACGGAACUGAACGAAAAGUCCGAAAGGAAAAGAGCCGAUUCGAAGUGAUGUGUGAAAAGUGAAUGGGAUAUUUGAUUAACAGAAAUGGGAACGUAAUUUAUUUAACAGUUUUUUUUUUAGCCCUUGACCUUGAAUGUAAGUUUGUGUGUGGCAUACGUAGCAAUUAGUUUUUGUAAAUAAAUCCAUAAGGACAUAUGAUUCCUGAUGGCA